GGUACUAAACAGUAAUAGAGGGAAUCUACACUAAGGUCGUAUCAUCUCCAUACGAUUGGUCGGAAGCAAGGUGAUUGUCACUGCUUUCCUGGUGAAGAAUGGCUUUUGGGCUUGGCACUCUCUGCUUGUUGCUGUGGGCUAUGACAGGGUAUUUGUGCGAGCAGUGUAGGGAAGGAGCCACAUACUCAGAUGCAGUGAUCUCUCCAAAUUUAGAAACCACUAAAAUCAUGCGAGUUCCUCAUGCUGUGUCAAUGGCAGACUGCACAGCUGCCUGCUGUGACCUUUCAGGUUGUGACUUGUCCUGGAUGUUUGAACGGCGUUGCUACAUUGUGAACUGCCAGCAUAAAGAGAACUGUGAACCUAAGAAAAUCGAAACGGUUAAGUCUUACCUUACCUUUGUACUGAGACCCUCUCAGCGACCAGCCACGUUGCUAGGGUAUGGACAGGUGCUCCCAAAUAUGGUUCAUUCUGUGGGACACCAGAAUGAGCCCUCUGAGGAAGUGAGUAAUUUGAAGGAGUUAUCUUUGCUAAGUAAAGAUCACAGCCUUGAAGAGGUACCUGAAUACACAGAUGACUACAGGGAACUGGAGCAGGACCCGUUUCAGCUGAGCAUCAAGCAUGAACAGAAGGAGAGCACUGAUUACACAGACUGGGGCCUGAUGGUGACUAGUGAAAAUGGCUUUAACUCUUCAGGUACUGAAGACAAUGGUGAGAAUCUGGCUGAAAAAGACAGGGGAGUCGAUAAACUGGAAAACCUCAUGAAUAAAAACAGGUCUAAAUCCAACUCUGCUACUGUAUCCUUCAAGGAGAAGCUGCCAUUUCUUGCAGAAGCUACUCCAUUCCCAGUGAAGAAAACAGCAAAUGAAGCAGUUGUUCCACCACCUAUCCAAGCCAGUGAUAAUCUCAGGCAAGAGGUUCUAACACCUUCCCAUAAUCCUUCUUCAGACAACCUGGGAUUCACACCAACUAUUUUAGAGAGAACCCAGGUCUCCACAACAACUCAGCAUAGUCUGACUCCAGAUGGAACCACACCACUUACUACUAACCCUCUCCCCUCUCGGUCUACUGUCACACAGCAAUUUGUAUCUCCUACCAGUGGGGCCAAAGCAGAGUCAAUAAAAGAGCUCAUUGUAUCAGCUGGUGAUAACAUCCAGGUGACACUCCCCAGAAAUGAAGUUGAACUGAAUGCUUUUGUUGUCCCACCACCACCUACAGAAACUGCUUAUAGCUAUGAGUGGAGCCUGAUCAGUCACCCUGCUGACUAUGAGGGUGAAAUGGAGCACAGGCAUACACCAACACUGAAACUCUCACAGCUGUCAGUAGGCCUCUAUGCAUUCAGAGUGACUGUUUCUGGUGAAAAUGCCUUUGGAGAAGGAUUUGUGAAUGUCACUGUCAAACCAGCAGUCGGAGUAAACCAGCCACCUGUUGCCGUUGUUUCACCCAAAGUACAGGAGGUCUCAUUGCCUACCACAUCCACCUUCAUUGAUGGCAGUCAAAGCAGAGAUGAUACUAAGAUUGUGAGUUAUCACUGGGAGGAAAUUAAAGGUCCAUUGCGGGAACAGAAAGCAUCUGCUGACGUACCUGUUCUACACUUGUCUAACCUUGUUCCUGGCAACUACACUUUCAGGCUAACUGUAAUUGAUUCAGAUGGAGCAGCUAACUCUACUAUUGCAUUACUGAUGGUCAACAAGCCAGUGGAUUACCCACCCAUUGCCAAUGCGGGACCGAAUCAGGCAAUAACUUUGCCUCAAAAUUUCAUCACACUAAAUGGAAACCAGAGCAAUGAUGAUCAUGAAAUUGUCAGCUACGAGUGGACACUUAGUCCCAAAAGUAAAGGCAAGGUUGUAGCAAUGCAGGGAGUGCGAACUCCAUUCCUUCAGUUAUCUGCAAUGCAGGAAGGAGAUUAUACAUUUCAGCUGACAGUUACAGACUCGGUUAAACAACGGUCCACUGCUGAGGUCACAGUGAUUGUACAGCCUGAAAAUAAUAGUCCUCCAAUAGCUGUAGUUGGUCCAGAUAAGGAAUUGACAUUUCCGGUAGAAGGCACAACGUUGGAUGGAAGCAAAAGCAGUGAUGACCAAGGCAUUAUCUUCUAUCACUGGGAAAAUGUUAGUGGGCCAAGUACUCUGCAAAUGGAAGACAUUGACAAAGCAGUGGCGACAGUGACUGGACUACAGAUUGGUACCUAUCACUUCCGGCUGACAGUGAAAGACCAUCAGGGAUUAAGCAGCACAGCUAUGCUCUCUGUUACUGUUAAGGAAGAAAACAGUACUCCUCCUCAUGCACAUGCUGGAGGCAAACACGUCCUGGUGCUUCCCAAUAACUCUGUUACUUUGGAUGGCUCAAAGUCUACAGAUGACCAAGGGAUUAUGUCAUAUCUGUGGAUUCGUGAUGGCCAGAGUCCAGCAGCUGGGGAUGUGAUUCAUGGCUCAGACCACAAGCCAGUACUGCAACUAACCAAUCUUGUGGAGGGAACAUAUAUCUUCCACUUGAAAGUGACUGAUGCUAAAGGAGAUUCAGAUAUUGACACCGCUACUGUUGAAGUGCGGCCUGACCCUAAAAAAAAUGGUCUGGUGGAGCUUAUAUUGCAAGUUGGAGUUGGCCAGCUGACUGAACAACAAAAGGACACUCUUGUGAGACAGCUAGCAGUGCUACUGAAUGUCUUGGAUUCGGACAUCAAAGUUCAAAAGAUACAAGCCUAUUCAGAUUUAAGCACAGCAAUCAUGUUCUAUGUGCAGAAUGGACAUCCUUUCAAAGUCAUAAAGGCUUCGGACAUUGCACGGACUCUGCAUGUGCAGCUUUUAAAGGAAAAGGCUGACUUCUUGCUUUUUAAAGUUCUGCGGGUUGAUACAGCUGCUUGCCUUUUAAAAUGUUCUGGACAUGGGCACUGUGACCCUAUUACAAAGCGUUGUAUUUGCUACCAACUGUGGAUGGAGAACUUAAUUCAACGUUACCUCAGUGAUGGAGAGAGUAAUUGUGAAUGGAGCAUACUCUAUGUAACAGUAUCUGCCUUCAUUUUGGUUGUGCUCACAGUUGGGUUAGCCUGGUUCUGCAUCUGCUGCUGCAAAAGCAGGAAGAGGACAAAAAUAAGGAAAAAAACCAAAUAUACCAUCUUAGAUAAUAUAGAUGACCAGGAGAGAAUGGAGUUAAGGCCUAAAUAUGGUAUAAAACACAGAAGUACAGAACACAAUUCCAGCCUGAUGGUGUCAGAGUCAGAGUUUGACAGUGAUCAGGACACUAUUUUCAGCAGAGAAAAGAUUGAAGGAGAGAAUCCGAAGAACAUCAUGAAUGGCUCCAUCAAAAAUGGAGUUUCCUUCAACUACAGUGCAAAAGACAGAUAAUUGAGUAAGGGUGAAAAGAAAGGACACACCAGUCCAAUGCACCAAGAAAGUGUUGACCACCCUUUAUUUUUCAAAAUCAAAAGCUUCCUAAAGUAUCUACCAAUUGCAGCUGAAGGGGAAAUUUUCAGCACAGUGGAGGGGGGGAUUAGACAGCAAAGCUCCUGUUGUCAUGGCUGUAGGAACAAGAAGCACAUGUAAUUCCCUGCAUGCUCUGUGCUGAACGUUUAUGUCUAAAUUUCUGAAGACAUUUUCCUAUCUUAGACUUGUGAAUCACUGCUACCAUCCUGUCCAGGACCGUUACUAACAGUGAUGACUUUGUAAGACUUUGAGCUAUAUUUGGCUUGUAUCUGUACUCCGUCACUUGAAGGAUUAUGAAGCUGACCUUGACAAUUAAAGCCAAUGUGCAGAAUUUCCCUUGCGUCUGUAAAGAAGUUUAAUCUUCAUAUAUGGUUUCUGAAUUGGAUACAGAAAGGGGAGAUCCAUAAAUAGCAUCUUUAGUACAUAGUAUUACCUCCAAGCUCUGCUUUGUGACUAUGGUUUUUAGGGUAGCACUUGUGAAGUGAAAAUGCCUUUGUUUUUAAAGGCAGCUGACUAUUUAGCAGUUGUUCUUUAAUCAGCUGCCAGUUAAUGUGAUACAUUUGUAUCCUGUAUAAUGGAAAUGUCCCUUAUAUUUAUGUUGAAGAUGUGAUGGCAGCAGAGAAAUCCUGUCUGUUUUCUUCUGUAAUAAUAUACGAAGAGUGAGUUCCCCUCUGGACCUGAGGAGCUGCAAGGGAUACAGAGACGCCUCCUGCAAUGGGCUGAACACCUUAAACUUACUUUGAUUGUAAUGGGAGCUUGAGGCCCCUAUCAAGACUGAGUGCUUCAUGCACAUAAAUUAAGAUGGAAGUUGCAAUAUGACUGCCUCAGAGGCUUGUAAUGAAGAACUGGAAUGUCUCAAGCCUUAGCACAAUACAGUGAACAGUGUUGAGUAAGGCUUUUCUCCUUAGUUGCUACAUGGCUGGAUGUCUUGGGUCAGGGAGAUUUUUUUUUAAUGAAGGACAAAACUGUUAACGUUUUGAAUUUGCUGCUCUUAAUUGUUGUGCAGCACCUGGGCAUCUUCUUUAUGGGUGUCAUAUUAGAUACUAAUGCCCCAUUGCCUCCUUGAGAUCUGUGUCAGGGGGACCCAUUUUGUCUGGAGGACUCCUCUAUUCGUGGAUGGAGGGUUGAAUACAUCUGCUUCCAUGACACUGUCUGCCUUUUUCUUGUUCCCCUUCAUUAACUAGGGAGGACUUCGCAGGGGCUGGGAACCUUCCCUCAUGCAGGACUUCAGAAAAAUUAAAACCCUAAUUAUGGAGGAAUCAAUCAGUGCAGAAAGCCUGGGCUGUGUAGUUUCAGUGGAGCUUCACUGCUGAGGAACAGGGACAUGAAAACAGCAGCAACAUAGUAUGUUGUCUGCAUUUUUCCUGACUCUGCUCCUCCAGAUCCAUGUUGACCUGUAACUUCCUUACAAGAAUGUUAAAGUAAUGACAAUUAGCAUUUACCCCUGCUCCAUAAUGAUAGCCUUCUCAGACAAGACAACUUGAGCACAGCAGUGAAAGAAGCCAGCAUGUCAGGCAAAAGGUGAUUACUAUUGGAAGCUUUUCCAGCUUAUGCUCUUUGUUUACUUUUCACUACUUUCUGCUUAGCCUAGAAACAUAGACAGCAUGGUUUCUGGCCCCUCUCACUUGUUGUUCCAUUAGCGUUCAUGCAGUAGUGCAUUUUUGGGUUGUAAGCAGUCCAGGGUAGGUGAGCAUUCAAGGAAACCAAAUUAUAUUUAAAAAAAAAGUUUUGGCCAGUCUGCUACUUUCAGUGCUCAAGUUCUGUAUUUGUUCUACAGAAAAUGACUCUUUGCAGAUCUAUGUGUUUUAUGAACUAGAUAAAAUGUGAACAACCGUGACCCUGCAUCAAUCAAAUAUAAACAUCUAAGUUUAUGCAUAUUGGCACAGUUGUUAGCAUCCAUAAAACAAAACAAAACAAAACAAAAAACAAACCAACAACUGAAGAUGCAGCUGAGUUCUGUAAAUGUAGUCUUUUUUGCAUUGGUUUUAUUUUACUAUUUAAUGCCUGGUGCUCAGGCCUGCAGAAAGGCUGCACAGACGGUUAAGCUAUAAAGGUAGUCAUCCAUUGCUUGAAGUCUAAAGUUCAAAUGUGUCUUAGGUUUCUAAAUGAAAAAUGUUUUAUGGUCUGAAGCAUGCUUCCUAGCGAACAUUGUUCAACAACACAAAGUUGCCACAGUUCUAGAAACACCACCUCUUCUUUCCUACCCUCAGAAUCAUUUCUGGAAGAAGUUCAAGUGCUGCGACAGCAUUUUUUUUAUCUGCUUGUCCGAGUACUUCCAACUCAAGCAGGUGGGAGACAGUAAACUGUAUGGUCUAGGACCUCUUAAUUACCUUUUUGCCUUUUGUUUCUUUCCACUUGAAUUCACAUGCGAUUGCUAGCCACUUUUAUAGCUCACAACCUUAGUUAAAAAUGAUUUUUUUAAAUAGUGAAUUUCCAAGGUGUUUUUAGAGGCACUGGCUUGCAGUUCUACCAAUUUAACCUCAUUCAUCAACUUAGAAGGGAAAAAAGGAGAAAGGCAACAUAGUAAUUGGGCAUUAAGAUACACUAUCUUGCAGAUUAUUAGGCCUAAAAAUGCAUGCCUGAUAUUAAAGGAAAUCUGAAACUUCCAGUGGAGUCAGCAAGAAAUACUUCUCUGGCUCUGAGUAUUUGUGAUAUCAAACCUUAAUGUUAACCUUUAAUGGUCCUUCAGCAUGACUUGUUUGCAAGCAUAUCUUUAUCUACAUUCUUUAACGUUUUUAAGUAGUGAGUGCAGUGUAUAUCUGAGAAGGAUCUUAGGAUUGUUACUGUAAUUUAAUUUAAUUACUAAGUCUACAUGUGAAUCGUUGCAUAGUGAGCAAUACAUACCUACUUGCAACAUAGACCAGCUGUCCAGCUAUAAGCUGACCAACAGCUUUUAUCAUGGCAGGCAAAAUACUAAUGUCAUACAAGAAAUUUAGCAGGACAAGUCUGACAAAAUAAAAAUAACCAUAACAUUUAUUUUCUAUUUCAGCUCUGGUAUUGAAGGAGAUGUUUGAUACGGGUUGAUGAGUAGUGACAAAAUUAAAUCAGAGCAAUCCAGUUGUUGCUGGAUGUGUAAUGAAAAAUCAAUCGUCCUUGCUUCAUACUUGCUUGUAAAAUAAGUUACCAUCUAUCUUUUGUUAGAAAAAGGCCAUUUCACCAGCUUUACUGUCCAGUGCCCUGGAUACAUCUGCUUCAACCCCCCACUCAUGCUACUAAAAAUGCUAGUCAACCUCCUAUCAGUGGAUUGUCUUGAGGAAACAUAAGGGGACACAAGUAGGGGAAUUAAUCAGAUCUGCAAAGGGUUUAGCAGAGCAGGGUGUACUUUCCAGUAGCAGACCCAGAAAUGGGGCAGGGGACUGUGCUGCACAUGGGCAAUGCAUUCUGAAAUCCCUUCCUGGUCAGUGUGGGCUCCUGCUAGAGCUCCGUGUUAGCAUUGAGCUCAACUCACCAGCUGAUCUUGGUGGGAUGUGGCUGGAUUCCUUGUUUUCACUUAGUUCUGGAGCCCAAGGGGUAAACAUUGUUUGCCCUUCCCUACCACAACAGCAGAGGAAAGGAGGCCAGAGCUGUGCAAAAGCAGGGGCUCUGACCAGACCUGAUGCUGAGAACUCAUGUGCGGCACAGCUGAAGUGAUGUGGACUGCACUGCCACACCUCCUCUGGCACUUUCUCCCUUCCUUGUUUGGCUCCUUCAAACCUGAAAGCAGUGCAAAAAUGCCAACACUUACCUUUUCUCAGACAGCUCUGGCAUUCUUGAAAUCCUUCAGGCCCCACUUAUGCAAAAUUCCUGUUGAAGUUAACUGAAGAUUAUUGCCUGACUAAAGAGAUUGUGGGUUUUGGUCUCUUUACAUGUUGAAAAGAUAAUGAACUUAUUAUUGUCCUUGUGUUUGGGGUUGGGAGGAAAUGAAAACUAUUUUCAGAGUCAUCUUCUGAACAGUCUGUGGAACCCUGGUGAGAGAGGGAGGGAGGGCGAGCCUUUUUCUAGGGGAGAGAAACUGGAAUAGAAGGCAGGUAGGAAGGUCCUAAAGCACAACAUUUGUACACUUGGACUCUGCUUAAAUUUCCUCAUCGUAUACAAAUGUAGCAAAACAUAACCCAUUUCAGAUGCCUUUGGGUGCUGAGGUACCAGAAGGAAUUGUCCCAAAGGAACCAUGAAGCUACUUAAGGUGGAAAAAAAAAAGAAUUUCCUGCAGCACAGGCAAUGACUUAAGUGCAAGUGAGGCAUGCAGCAGUACUUUGCCUCUGUAUGGAAGCAUGGCUUCCUGUGUGUGGAUGGGUGAACAAUUGUAGAUUUUAUAAUAGGAACCUAUCUCUAGAAAAUGUUGUUUAUUGCAAAUGAUAAUGUAUUGUAACUGGAACCAGUUCUUAGCUGAUACUAUUACAUUUAUGUUACCCUCCUAAUAAAGACUUGUCUUUCCUUC